AUGUUCAGAAGCCUCCUUGCCACACUGGCUUUGGGGACUUCCCUGGUGCAUGCGGCACUGACUCCAGGGUAUUCUACGCAGACCAUCCAGCAUGGUGGAGUCGAGCGGGAGUUCAAAGUCUAUCUUCCCAGCAACUCAAUCUAUACUGGCCUCUUCUUGAUGCACCAUGGCUGGACAGAGACCAUGGAUUCUGCAUGUUCCUACGGAGAGAUUGAGAAGUAUGCAGAAGAGUACGGAUUCGUCGGUGUUUGUCCCCAAGGGCUUCGUUAUGCCAAUGGCGAAACCGGGUGGAAUGUUGGCACUUGUUGUGCGGGUGCAGACAGUGCGGGCACCGACGACGUGGGAUUCAUCAGAAAGGUCGUUGAGUUUGUCAAUGCAGAAGUUAGCAUCCCUCCAGGUCGCACUUAUGCCGGUGGCUUCAGCAACGGUUGUGCAUUAUCCUUUCGCUUGGCAUGCGAGCUCUCGGAUGUCAUUUUUGGUGUCGGUUGUGCAGGAGCUGCAUACGACCAUGCGUACAGUGGACGCGGAGUCUUGACCUGCAAUCCCGCUAAUCCCCGCCCAUAUUGGUCUCAGAUAGGCAGCUUCGACACUUUCUACAGCGUGACGGACAGCAAAGCCGGAUGGCGGAAGUACGCCACAGAAGUUCUUGGCUGUGGCAGCGCUACAGAAGUGGUCUACAACCAGGAUUCCGUGACCUGUGAGGAGCAUACGCUGCUCGGCCCCGAAACUCAUCAGCCGUUUCCUUCCCUCAACUAG